CAACCUGCGCACAAAUGAAAACAGCCAUUACAACUUACAAGAAAGAAAGAAGAAGACUUUAGAGCUUCCUUUGUCUCUCUGCAAUCUCUCCUUUCCCUUUUCUCGCUCUCCAUAUCUAUACUCUUCCUUCCUAUACCAAAACGUGUAACUUCGGAUCUAAUACAAUCUUCCCUUUAAUCAAUUUCCAGGAGAAUUUGUUUUUGGGAUUAUUGGGUUGCAAAUGGAAUCGUCUUCAAGUCAGCCAGAGUUUGACUACUUGUUCAAGCUGUUGUUGAUUGGGGAUUCUGGUGUGGGGAAGAGUAGUCUGCUAUUGAGUUUCACUUCCAAGACUUUUGAGGAUCUCUCUCCUACAAUUGGUGUGGAUUUUAAGGUAAAGCAUGUUACCAUAGGUGGGAAAAAGUUGAAACUUGCAAUUUGGGACACAGCUGGACAGGAGAGAUUUAGAACGCUUACUAGCUCUUACUACAGAGGAGCUCAAGGGAUAAUAAUGGUAUAUGACGUAACAAGACGAGAAACAUUCACAAAUCUGUCUGAUAUAUGGGCUAAGGAAAUUGAUCUAUAUUCAACAAACCAGGAUUGCAUCAAGAUGCUAGUUGGUAAUAAAGUUGAUAAGGAAAGUGAAAGGGUUGUCACCAAAAAGGAGGGGAUUGACUUUGCCAGGGAAUAUGGAUGCCUGUUCCUUGAAUGUAGUGCAAAAACUAGAGUCAACGUGGAGCAAUGCUUUGAGGAACUUGUUUUAAAGAUUUUAGAAACACCAAGUCUGUUGGCUGAAGGCUCUAGUGGUGUGAAAAAGAACAUCUUCAAAGAGAAACCUCCACAGGAUGUUCCAACAAGUAGUUGUUGCUCAUGGUGAUUACAUACUAUUGUUCUUGCUACCCUUGUUGAAGAAGUUACCUCUGAUUCCCCUUCGAUAUGAUCAUCCUUGGACCGUGAACUAUACGUUAGUUACAAAAUGGCAAUGUUUGAUGUGAUUUUUAUGUUCUUCUUCUUUACAUGGGCAGAUUAAUGUAUCCUUAUCAUGUCAUGGCACAUGGAUUUCUCUUAUUUCUCCUAUGCCCAUUCUUUUAAAAAUGAAGUGAAUUGAACGACACCAUCUUAUUCAA